AUGAACCUCCUAACUUUUCUCCUAAUUAAUGGUCCUGCUGUUAUUCUCAACAUCGUGGCUAAUGCAUUUUACAUCUUUUGCAUGGUCAGUCCACGUUGCAGCAGUGACAGGAUAAAGCAACCUUUGAAGAUUCUCCUGGGGUCCUUGAUUUGCUGUACAAUCACUUGCCUGGUGUUUUUUACUGUGAUGUUCCUCUUUCAACUCCUAGGUGAAAGCUACAUGUUCAUUCGAACCUUAAAUUUGGUGUCGCUGUUCUGUUUGUGCAGUAGUAUGACCUCCUCCGUUUGGCUGAACUUCUUCUACUGCACACAGAUUGUACCUGCAAAGCGAGCACUCUCCAUCUGGAUUAAGAAUAACAUCAAACCCAUCAUCUACAGCAUUUGGGUUAUUGAGAGAAUUUACAAUUUGCUUGGUUUUACUGUUAUGUCUUUAGAGCUUGUUUAUUUUGAUGAAUUUGAAUUCAGUCACAAUUCCACAGUUGACUAUGUGUAUUCAGUGUAUUUAGCUGACAUAUUUUUUGAUGUAUAUAUCAUUAUGAUUUCCCUGGAGAAGGCCCACUUCCUUUUCUGCCUAUGUGUAAUGGUGAUGUCCAGUGGUUCAACUGUGGCCUACCUGUGCAGACACAUGCGACGUAUGACGGCAAACGGACAAGCCUUCUUCUCUUCACGGUUCCGUGGUCAGGUGAGGGUCACCAUCACUGGCAUCUUACAAGGAAUCCUGUUCAUGAUCUGUGCUGCAUGGGCUUCUUACACCUAUCUGGCUCAUAUGGUACUUGAAACAAACUUCAAACAAGAUAUUUAUAUCACUGUCGCCAACUUGUACAUGUUGGGUACCACGUUCAACCUGGGAGCCGGUCAGGCUGUAUUCAGGCAGAAAGCAGCGGACAUCUGGCUCAGAGCAACCAAAGUACAGCAGUCUGAACAAGGAGGAUGA